AUGUCGGAUAUUGGCAGUCAAGGGCGAUGGAGCGAGGUGGUCCACUUGCAGGAUGUCCUGGCCCUGGAUGCUGGAGGGUGCAAGCCUAAGGUGCUGCUGCCGCCCUGGGCGUGCCAAGGGACAGAGGCGAGCAGGUUUGUCCUGGCCACCUCCAGAGUCAGAUCAAGAUUUGAGGUGAGCCGGGGCAGUGGUACCGUGAGCAGGUGUGGAGCUGAAGCUUGGAGAGAGCAGCUGCCAAAGCGGACCGUGGGGAGCGUGUUGACAUCUGAGGGCAGUUCCCACCCAUCUCUGUCAUCGGCCUUUGAGUCUCGACAUCAUCGUGGAUCUUUUUGCCCGAGGAGCUCGCCUUCGGAUCUGGCACGAUCGCCACGGUCUCCAUUUUACCUACUCGCUGGCGUAGCCGCCCGCGGGCAUCUUGGCCACUUGCUGGUCCCCAAGGCCGAUUCCGAUCCCUGCAGUCACCGAUGCUACCGCUUUUCCCAGAAUCUGCCCUUCCACGUCAGGGAGCAGCAGUUGGAAGAUGUGUUGAAGCGUCUUCAUCAGUGGAGUGUUGUGACAGCACAAUGCAGCAACCCUGGAACCCUCAGUGCAGCACAGCUCAGUAAGCCUGGUGCUGGGAUAACCCUGGAACCCUCAGAGGAGGCCAAGCCCCACACCAAAAAGAGCCUGUUGGAGUGCUGGCCUGGAUUUGGGAGGAGCCAAGUAGCCUGGAGCAGUGAGGUUUUUCCUGUCAGAAAUCCAUGCUGGGGAUGUUUUCCCUGGCUGUCCCAAGGGGAAGGAACAGCUCUGGAGUUUUUGCAGCCACAGGCUGGGGAUGCAUCCCCUGAAAACCAGUUCAGGAUCGGUCAUCUGACUCUGUCCCUGACCUGUGGCUUCCAGGGAGCCUUCUGGUCUUCUGGAUAUUCCCAGGAGAGGAUAUUUCACCACUUGACUUUUAAGCCAGGAAUUCCAAACCCACACCGUUCCAGGGGAAAGCUGGUGAAAGGAUAAAGAUGCAGAGGAACAAGUGUUGUAAACCCCCCUGCCUCCCUGACAAAGCAAACCUUUCUGCAAUCCCAGUAAAUCUCUUGGAGAAGCUGUGGGAUCAUAAGGUUUCCUAGGAAAGGAAAACUAAGGACAGAGAUGAGGAAAGAGGCUUCCAAUUAACAAUGAUUUGAUGGAGGAUGAGGAAGCCAGGCCUGCUGAGGAGGAAGAUGAGGAAGUGUGUGAGGAUGGAGACAGCGGCCACCAAAGGCUGGGGAAGGCACAGAUCCAGGUAGGAGACGUUGCCUUGCGAGGAGAGGGACUUGUCUGUCCCGUUGGAAUUUGGGGCGUGAGGCCAGUGGAACAAAGGGUUUGAUUCCAUUUUCUUGCUCAGA